GAUGUCGAUGAGUGUGUGGAGGAUUUUGAUGUAAAAGUGUGCGGCGUUUGUUUUGGAUUUUCCCUCUGCACUUUUCUGGUGAAAAUCCACAUUUUUAGCACAAGAUCGAGGAAUUUUCCGCAAAAAAUCACAACCAGAAGUUUAUUGUGAUACUCCUGUAGUGAGUGAAUGUGGGGAAAGAGAGGAUUUGCGGAGUAUUAAGAGUUUUACUGCGGCAUAACCUAAGAAUGGCUGGUGUUUUGUUUGAGGACAUCUUCAAUGUGAAAGACAUGGAUCCGGAAGGGAAGAAAUUCGAUCGUGUUAAUCGAUUGCACUGCGAAUCGGAGUCCUUCAAGAUGGACCUGAUACUGGACAUCAACUGCUGGCUGUAUCCCAUGGAGUUGGGCGACAAAUUCCGACUGGUUUUGGCCACGACGCUGUACGAAGACGGUCAUCCGGGCAGUGGCGAGUACAAUCCCCUGGAGACUGAGGGUACGCGAGCGGACAGUUUUGAGUACGUGAUGUAUGGGAAAAUCUACAGGAUAGAAGGCGAUGAGGCGCACUCAGAGACUUUCAGCCGCUUGUCCGCUUAUGUUUCCUUCGGGGGCCUCCUGAUGCGCCUGCAGGGCGACGCCAACAAUCUGCACGGCUUCGAGGUGGAUCAGAACAUCUAUUUGCUAAUGAAGAAGCUGGCAUUUUAGACGAGAAGUUUGUAUAUUUCAUAAAAUUAAAUUUUUCCAGCAUUUUCACAACACAACGCAAGAUAUAUUACGAAUUCACACAUCUCCCAAUCAUCUCUCGAAAGCUCAACAUUGCGAUGUAGUGUAUCAAAGUAUUAAGGUCCAUUUGUUUGCAUUGACGGAGCACAGAAGCGCGCGGCA